CGCACGAGGAAGGGCAGAAUUAACGGCAAUCUUAUCGCGACGCGGCUCCGUCGUCUUCAGAGAGUGCCCAACAGUCCCCGGACGGUCGUGCACCACGUCGUGUCGCCGUGUACCCGUUCAAUUGUUUCGUGCGGCUCUUGGACCGCCGUAGUGGCUUAUCUUGUUAAUGUGAAGGAACUGGUGUAUUUGUUUAUCGACAGACAGUGUUUUUUUCGGGGGUCGCGGAAGAUGGCCGAUUAAUAUUUAAGGGGGUGGAUUUGGUGCAGACGUACAGUUUCUAUAAGCAAGUGGUUAAUUUGGCACCGUGUAUAAGUUCAAUUGUUCUUGUGACGUCAUUGGUUUCCGGUGCAAGAGGGUAUAAUGUGGUUGCACUUCUUGCACCUCAGCACAUUGGUGGUUGUCAUAUUAGCUAGGCCUAACACGAACGGUAACCGCCCCUGUCAGGGACCGGUUGUGAGGGGCACGUGCAACAGCAACAUACAAAAAUGGGCCUUCAACCACGACCGGCAGUCCUGCGUCAAGUUUAUGUGGAGCGGUUGCGGCGGCAACGACAACAACCGCUUCGACAACGAACAACUUUGUCUUUUGAAAUGUCAACAAUAUAAAGGGAACACGUCCAUAACACCCAUCGAAACGAUACUAAAGGAAAAGAGGGGGUCCCAACUGACGUUCCAAGAGACUGGUACAACGACCACGUUCAUGUUCGCCCAGUCCAACACUUUCAUCCAAAUUGAUGGUGACAUCAUUCAAACCUUCCAGCUGAGGUUGUGCCGACAGAUUUCCUUCAGCUUCCGCACACGGCUGCCCCACGGCCUCCUCGUCUACCACAACGUUCAGGUACCAAAGGGCGAGUCUUUGUUACCCUACGCUUUGUACGUUAUAGUACAGCAGGGACAGCUCAAAGUUGUGCACGUUUACGACAAACACUCAACGGUUUUAACUGUGGGAAGAGGCCUGAACAGAGACGAAUGGCACUCAGUAACGGUCAGAAUAGAUGUGCACAGCGGAAGACUUAUAGCGAUGGUUGACGAAUUAAAAGAAGAAACCGACUUAAUGGGUCUGGAUAAAGAAACCAACUACGGCGUGAAGGCCAACGUUACGUCAGUAAUCCUUAUUGGAGGCUUAAGCUCGGAAGAACGACUGCACGGCGUUAAAUACAUCAUAGAGUCGUUCGUUGGUUGUAUUAAAGACGUGACACUUAGCACGGGAAAAUCAGCAUCUGAUCUUCUACCAAUCACUCCUUUGAUCGCAACGAAGCACGAGAAUGUCCAGGAGGGUUGUUUGGACAAGUGUCGAACGAUAGAGAAUUUGUGCUUUCAAGGGUCAAGGUGCAUAAACCAUUACAAUUCAUUGACUUGCGACUGCUUUGGCACCAAAUAUGAAGGGGAAUAUUGCGACAUGUAUACGGCAACAAUUUUGACUUUGCGAGGGUCCUCGUACGUCUCAUAUAGAGUUUAUGACUGGAAGGAUCGAGUUCACUCUUCCACAACCCGCUUCUCCAUGAUGUUUAAAACUCGCUUCGACGACUCAGCGUUGCUUUACGCUGCUGGAGGUGAACAGGACAUCGACCACCACAUCGCAGCUUCUAUCAAAGACAACUCGGUGCACGUGAAGAUUAAUCUAGGUUUGGAGUCAAUUUAUAAAGUCCUGGGACAAACUGGCGACUUCAAGCUACACCAGUGGAACAACCUAACCAUUUAUCACAACAACGACAAGAUUCACUUGAUCUUGAACGAGGAAGUGGUGACUGUGAACGUAUCUAACAAUUCGUUUUUGUACAUCGACCCGGAAAUUUACAUUGGAGGCGGACCGGAAUUGCGGAAGAAGAACGCCCUGAAGUCCGACAAUAAUUUCGCCGGGUCUUUGAAGUAUGUGUUUUACAACGAUGUCUCGAUAAUUUACGAGCUUCACAAGAACAACCCGAAGGUCCACUACAUCGGAAUACUGCGGCCGGAGUUUUACGAAGCUGACGUGAAGGAAAUCCCGAUAACAUUCCCAUUCUCCGCCUCACACAUCUGGUGUUUAAACAAUUUCACAGACAGUUUAAGCCUUUCGUUUUACUUCAAAGCCAGCAGUAACUUGAGCGUGGUCGCCUCCAGUGAGGUGCAAUCGGGCAUGUACUGGGAAUUAAGGAUAGUCAACGACGAGAUGCGAUUCGAACUGACCAACAAUCUGAAAAACACCACGCAUCUGAUAAGCGUGAAGAAAACGCCGGGGAUCUGGCAUUUCCUCAACCUGACUUACGCCCACGGCGAGGUCACCCUCAUUGUGGAUAACAGGGAGAAACAGGAACGUUUGGGCGACAUAAAGUUUUCGAUCGGCGACAAGAUUAAAAUAUCGGCUGGCUCACGUGCCAAUGCAGGUAUGGUCGGUUGCAUGCGUGAGAUCAUCAUAAACGGUGAACAGAUAGAACCUCGCAGGAUCCUGCAAUCCGAACGCACGGUCGGCGAAGUCACGCUGGACGACUGCAAGUUCAUAGACGCGUGCAAAAGACCGAACACGUGCGAACACGGUGGCAAGUGCAGUGUCAAAGAGGAUGGACUGACGUGCGACUGCACCGGCACCGGCUACAUCGGGAAGAAUUGCCAUUUCACCUUGCACCGGAAAACCUGCGAGGAACUGGCAUUGCUAGGUUACACAAAACCGGACGUGUACCUGAUCGACAUAGACGGAAACGGCAAGUUUCCCCCUGCUUACGUACGAUGCGAGUUCCAAAGCAUCGAAGAAUCAACCAAGACAAUCGUGGAACACAACCUGCCUAGCCAAAUCGAUGUUAGAUCUCCAUCUGAGAAGGACUUCAGUUUCAGCAUCAAAUACAGAGAGUUCACACCCGAAAUGCUGCAGGAGUUGGUGUCGCAUUCGCUUAAUUGCAGUCAAUACAUCAAGUACGAUUGUUUCAAGGCCCCGUUGCAGCUUCACUCGGCCACGUGGUUCUUGAGUUCCGCCAAUCAGACCGUCGAUUUUAUUGGCGAUGUUAAAAGGGGGACUUGUCCAUGUUCGAUAGGCAAGAAAUGCGAGAACUCAUCGCAGUGGUGCAAUUGCGAUGACAUCAACGAUGACAAGUGGAACACCGACGAGGGGCACUACACAAUGGCUAACAGUUUGGGAAUCACCGAAAUGGUCUUCCUCCAACAGCCAGACUUGCCAGAAGAUGCGGUUGGUAGGAUCACCCUUGGUGCUCUGGAAUGUGUGGAAACAAAUACACAAAGAUAUGUGGUCACUUUUACCACCAGUCAGUCGUACAUCGAAGUGCCGGGUUGGCGGAAGGGUGAUCUGGCCUUUUCCUUCAGGACCACGGGGAGGAAAGCUAUUCUUCUCUAUCAACCACCGAUCAGGCCCAAUUAUCCUAGCUUUAUGGUUGCACUUACUAGCGAUUAUAAUUUGACCUUUAACUUCACGUUAAACACUGGAGUGUCUAAAGAAUUGGUGAUUAAAUCCGCCAAAAAAUUGAACGGGGGCGAAUGGCACAAACUAUGGAUUGACUACAACAAGUACCACGUUAGAUUUAUGAUCAAUGAAGAUAAGGCUUUUGAAGAUCUAAAGUCCGAAGAGGAGUUUGGACCUUUCGAAGGAUCCAUGUUCAUUGGAGGGGCACCAUCCAAUUUAUUGGACGCAAAAUCCUCGGUUCAUCAAGGACUAAUUGGAUGCUUCCGUGGCUUGGUGGUCAACGAGGAGAUCUUGGACAUCUACAGUUACAUGAGCGUCCACCUAAGCGAAAUUAUCAAGGAUUGCAAGCCGUCCUGCGUUCCGAAUCCAUGUCAGAACGGAGCCCAAUGUAAAGAACUGUGGAGCACCUUCGAGUGCAUCUGCCCAAACCCCUGGGCUUACAACGGAACUUAUUGUGAAGAGAAUAUCAAUACCAAUGGGGUCACUUUCACCCAACCGGAGUCGUUCUUGCGGCGCAACUUCCUAAGCACCGAUUACAGUAACGAAAAACUCGUCCUGCGAGAAAUGUUUCAAAAACAAAUCCUGGUCAACCUACGAACCUACGACGACGUGGCCCUUAUAUUCUAUGCGAACGACCACUUAAAUAAUUUCGUUCAUCUGUACAUUGAGAACGGAACUCAAGUAGUUUUCCUGUUCAAUCAUGGAAACGUCAUACAUAACGUGACCGUGAGCUAUGCCAAGUUGAAUUCAAGCAAUCCCGUGCAAAUCGCAAUUGAAAGAAACAAGCAGAAGACCACGGUGCAUGUGAAUGAGAAAAACCAGUCCAUUCCCUUCGGCGUGCUACUUCUGGAUGAGUACUCGCCCAAACCUUGGACCAACCCAGAUGACGAGGUGCUCGCACCGCAGAGACCUCCGGCACCACCCACCGAAUAUUUUCAGCUGAACCUAGGAGGAUACGACCCCGAAACGCUACUCAAAGUGUCCGAUUAUCCCCCCAAGUUGCCCGGCUAUGUGGGCUGCAUGCGCGGCUUCCAAAUCGGCGAAACGCUCCUUGAUCUGCCGUCCAAGAUUAAAAAGGAUGAUUCAGGAGUCAUUCCGAACUGCACGAUGAAAUGUGACGAGGAGCCGUGCAAACAUGAUGGGAUUUGCAUAGAGAAUUUCAGACAGCAGGAUCAUUCUUGUGACUGCGAAUUCACCAGUUACUACGGACCGUUUUGUAACGACGAAAAGGGUGCCGAUUUCAGUGGUGAAUCCAUGCUUUGGAGGACUUACGUCUUAAAUGGAACGGUUGAAUAUGUUAAAAUUCAGCUGGCUUUCUCCAGUGCAGACGACAAGCAAAAGAACACCGUAUUGCUUCUUCUUCAAACAGAGAAUAACCGUAGUUAUUACCUGUUGGUGGCACUUACUGAGAAAGGACAUCUGAUUGUCCAAGAAGAUCGAGAGGGUGAAGUGUACUCAGCUACCUUUAGCACCAAGAGCUUCAUUAACGGGGCCAGACACUCAGUCUAUUACAGAAGGGACAGAAACGAAUCCGAGUUAUUUAUAGACAGAGAAGUAAUUCCAAUGCAGCAAAUUCCUGCAGAAAGUUUCACCAAUGUACCGGAAAAUGGAGCUAACGAUGUGCAAAUUGGUGGACACAACACGCAAGAUCCAAGAUUCGCCAUUUAUAAGUAUUACAGUGGAUGUCUUUCUAACAUAUUCAUCGAAAUCAACGAGCAAUUGAUGAAGCCAUUGGAUGAGUACAUGUUGUUCAAAAAAGAUGGAUCUGAAAAAGUAAACGUUUCCAACCCAGCAGGAGUGAGAAGUGCUCAGUGUAGUUCCGACUUUGACUUGCACGAAAAAAUUCCUGGACCCACAAAUCUCAAUCAGACUAUUGGAAAGGACAAAAGUUGGGUACAAGAUGCACCUCAAAGGAUUUUAUACACUUCCCUGUACUCCACGGAUGAUGAAGAGGAAGAGCACACGGAACAAAUCAUCGUUAUCGUGCUGGCCACAUUCUUCGUGCUUGUCAUAAUAGGAGGUACUUACCAUCUAUACAGAACUGAUAAGAAGUACAGGGAACGCAAGGAAAGAGAAACAGAUGCUAAUAUUAUAUUGUCGAAACAACAAGCGGCGAUACUUCAACAAGAGAAUUCAAAAACUUUGGAAAUGGAGGAAAAACUUAAGCCAACGUUGAACGGCAAGUUACCCAACGAAGAAAAAGCCCCAGUCAUAGUGAACGCGAAUGGCAAAAAGGCCCAAAACGAACAUCCUCCUGAAGUUGUGCCAAGCGAGGAAAUACCGCUCAGACCUUUAAAACGUGUCGACAGCAAACGAGAGAAACGAAUCAGUUUUAGAGAUAGUGCUAGUGAAUUAGCUUGGGACACGCCAAACGAAAACUCCGAUUUGUUGUCCAACGUGCUGGAGGAAGACGAGAACGAAUACCAAAGCGAUUCAGAAAACGAAGAGAAGAAGCCGCCUAUUGUGGACGUGGAGGUGGACGUAAUGGAUACGCCAAACGAAGAAGAGCAAACAAAUCGAAGACCGUCAUCAAAAUCAAUUGGAACGAACGGGGUGGCAAACUCUAAAGGAUCUAAUAAAUUCAAUCCGAUUUUGAAACCAAUAUUUUUAAAUGAACAGCAAAGAACGUUUGGGAAUCCAAUCAGUUAUUUAGGAGGUCCUAGACUACCAGCCAGAAACAGGUCCAGUGUUGAAAGCGUUUUGUCUCUAGAUUAAUUUUUAUUAAUCUGUAGUUUUGUAGCAAAAGACUGAGUAGUAUUAUUAUGUAUUGUACAUAUUAUAUUAUAGUAAAUUAUUUAUAAUA